AAUUACCGCUGCUGCACACACACACUGCACACUCCCACGGCGAGAUUCACGGCGAUUUUUUGAAUACCAAAUCACCGCUCGAGCCAGUUUAGCAGCUAUGGAUCAGUUGGCGAGUCUGGUGCAGCGGCUGGAGAUGGCGGUGGGUCGUGUGGAGUCCAUGUCGGGCCCUGGAGGCAGCGCCGGUGGAGACUCCUCUGGAGGAGCUGUUUCUGCGUUCGUCGAGGCCUUUGACGUGAUCGUCAGCGGUCCCGUGGCUCAGUACCUGUCCCUCAGCCAGAAGAUCGGGGGCGACGUCCAGAAACAUGCAGAAAUGGUCAAGCAGGGCUUCAGCUCUGGGAGACAAGUCCUCAUGAAAGCAUCCUCCUGCCAGAAACCCGCUGAUAGCGCUCUGAAGACCAUCCUGCAGCCGGUGUGCAAAAUCGUGGAGCAGGUGCAGACAUUUCGCGAGCAGAACCGCACGUCGCAGCUUUUCAACCACCUCUCCGCCGUGAGCGAGAGCGUGCCGGCGCUCGGAUGGAUUGCCGUGGCUCCUAAACCAGGUCCUUAUGUUAAAGAGAUGCAGGACGCCGCCAUGUUCUACACCAACCGUGUGCUCAAGGACUUCAAGGACAAGGACAAGACGCACGUGGACUGGGUGAAGGCUUAUCUCCUCAUCUGGACUGAUCUGCAGACUUACAUCAAACAGCACCACACCACCGGGCUGAGCUGGAGCAAGACUGGUCCUGUAGCUUCGGCCUCUGCAGCUCCCCCCAGUGCCCCUGCUGGUUGUCCUCCCCCUCCUCCCCCUGGACCUCCUCCCCCAGCAGACUUCGGCGGACCCUCUCCCAGCGGCGGCGACUCGGGACCCGACCCUCGCAACGCUUUGUUCGCCGCACUCAACAAAGGGUCUGACAUCACCAGUGGUCUGAAGCACGUCAGCGACGACCAGAAGACCCACAAGAACCCUGGUCUGAGGGGUCAGAGUGCCGUACGCACUGGGCCCAAACCUUUCGCCUCCCAGACUCCCCGACCUGCUGCGUCUGCCACCCCCACCAAGAAGCUGCCCCCGGUGUUGGAGCUGGACGGGAAGAAGUGGAAAGUGGAAAACCAAGAGGACAACCAAAACCUGGUGAUCAACGACACUGAACUCAAACAGGUGGUUUACGCUUUCAAGUGUAACAAGAGCACCCUGACGGUCAAGGGCAAACUCAACUCCAUCAUUAUAGACAACUGUAAGAAAACGGGCCUGGUGUUCGAUGACGUCGUGGGCAUCAUAGAGGUCAUCAACUGCAAGGACGUGAAGAUUCAGGUCAUUGGUAAGGUCCCCACCAUCUCCAUCAACAAGACGGACGGGUGCCACGUCUACCUGAGCAAAGACUCUCUGAGCUGCGAGAUCGUCAGCGCCAAGAGCUCAGAGAUGAACAUCCUGGUACCCAAAGGCGAAGAAGGCGACUUUGUGGAGUUCCCUGUUCCCGAGCAGUUCAAGACCGUCUGGGACGGCAAGAAGCUCGCCACCACAGCAACAGAAAUCGCCGGCUAGAAAGAGGGGGCGGAGAGUAAACCUGCCGCUCCUCCUCCUCCUCCACACCCAUCCCCAUUCCCUUUUUUUGCAAAUUGCCUUCCUGACUGAUCCACCGCCCCACCAGCUAACUCUCACACUGUAGACUGAGAUUUGGACCUCAUGCGUUUAUAUCUCCCCUCCCCUCCAUCAUUUUAUCAGCCAAUCACAGCUUAAGCUGUCCCUUCCAUCAGCCAAUGAGAGGUCUGCUCGCUUUUUACUCUCUGGAGCAAAUCCUCCAGCCAAUCAGCAGGGAGCAGCUUAUCGUUCCAAUGAAUUUGCCUGUGAGCACUUUUCCAAAAAAAACAUUCCUGAGUUUUGCCAAUAGCUGCGAUGCUCUGUGUGAUAUUUCAUAUCUAUCAGGAUAAUGCUAAGCUAAAUUUAACUUGUAGACUAGCCAACAGGGGAACAAGAAGCCCCUUACGACACAAGCACUGCAGCCAAUCAGGACGCUUCAGGCUGUUAUUCCUUUCUUCUUUUCCUGGUCAGGAUGGGCUAAUGUGUUUUUUUUAAGUCUGAUCGAUUUCUGUUAUUAUGCAAUUCACUGGUGAAGCACUUCCACCUACGCCCUCUUACAGGAGAUAAAGGCAUCAUAUCACCUCUGCUGAUGUUGACUGUAUUGAUAUUAACAUUCAUAGUGGAUAAUAAAUAAGUGUCAGAGCACAUAAAUAAAGAGUGAAAUCACGUUAUACACAUCAGAAAAACGCUCCAUCUAGAUGAUGUUUGAACAAUUCAAAGCUGCAGGAUAAUUAUCAUUCCAUGUGCUUUCCCCCCUAAACCCACUCAUAGGACAUUCCCGAGUAUAAAAAAAAACAUUCCACAUGAGGAGACGUGUAAGAGAAAGUUUGUGAAAGAGAGACGAAGAUAAAGACGAGGCUGAAAGGAUGUGAUCGUCGACUGUUUUUAAAACUCCGCCUCUGUAGUGGAAACAUCUGCUGUAACCAUCCGUAAUAAAUAUGAACAACUGUUGAAGAGUCUGUAAUAAUAAUGGUAGCCACGUCUACUCUGCUCUCCACUGACUUCUUUUACAUCGACUCUUAUUCUUUGACUUCAUUUUUAUUUUGGGUCCAAAAUCAGAGAUCUGCUCAUUAGUACUGGAGACAUCAUUAAAAAUGUUGCAAUACACAA